UGACUACUUAAAGUGAAACUCUUUCAAAGUACACAAAUAAAUCUCUAGCUAUUUGUUUUGAAGUUGAAGGAAAAUUAAACAUCAAAUUCAUAUGGACAAAUUCAAGAAAAUUUGUGUCUUUUGUGGAAGUAAUUCAGGCAAUAGGAAAAUUUUCAGUGAUGCUGCUCUUGAUCUUGGAAGAGAACUGGUGGAGAGGAAGAUGGAUCUAGUUUAUGGAGGAGGAAGUAUUGGACUUAUGGGGUUGGUUUCUCAAGCUGUUUAUGAUGGUGGAUGCAAUGUUCUUGGAAUUAUUCCAAGAGCUCUUGUUCCAGUAGAGAUAUCGGGCCAUGCAGUGGGAGAAGUAUUAGUAGUAUCUGAUAUGCAUGAAAGGAAAGCUGAGAUGGCUCGUAGAGCAGAUGCUUUUGUUGCACUUCCUGGAGGGUAUGGAACAAUGGAAGAAUUACUUGAGGUGAUAACAUGGUCACAGCUUGGAAUUCAUGAAAAACCAGUUGGAUUAUUGAACAUAGAUGGAUAUUAUGAUUGCUUGCUUGGAUUAUUUGACAAAGGUGUAGAAGAAGGAUUUAUUAAACCUUCAGCCAGAAAUAUUGUCAUUUCAGCUUCAACAGCCAAAGAGCUUUUAGAAAAGAUGGAGGAUUAUGCACCAAUACACAAUCAAGUAGCACCAAGCAGGUGUUGGAACACUAGUGGUGGAUCAGUGACAAGAAGUUCAUAAUUUCUGGCUGGAGUUUGUCAUAUUACCCAAGUGUGAAGAUUGUAUUUUCCAUUGUUUGACAGACACUUUGUAAUUUACCACUCACAUGAAAAUUCCAAGUGAAAAGGAACACACAAAAGAAAGAAUACUUUGGUUUUGAAUAGCAAAAAAUGUUGUAAAUUUGGUAAAAGAACAUUGAUUUGUUUUGUA